AUGAUCGCUGUCGUCAUGGCUGCUGCGGCUGCAGCGGCGGCCGCAUCGAGUGCCAGCGGUUCCGACACCGCAGCAGAUGCAGGUUUCUCCCAAAGGAGGUCUUUAUUGGGCGCACAGCAGUACGGCGCAGCGCUGGGAAACGCCACAGUCAUCCCUGCGUCGCUCUCCCUUGUUCAAUCCACCCAGCUCAAAACCUCUUCUGCCCCUGCUCCGGCUGCAGCAUCCCCAGCACCUGCAGCUCCUGCAUCAGCCUCUGCGUUGUCUGCGGCGCUGUCUGGGCAGGCGUUGAUGGGAGUGCAGCGCGCCAUGGUGCUGGCUGCUGCUGCUGCCGCCAUUUCCGGCCACCACGCCACCGUGCCGCAUCGCACCGUGUCUACCGAUCCAGCAGCAGCGGUGACAACAGCUGUUCAACCUACAGCUUCCCGGCCUUCCUCCUCGCUCGCACUCUCCUCUACCACCACCGCUGCUGCAAGCGCCGGUGCCGCCAGAACAGUCACCGUUGGGAGUGGUGGAGGCAGAGCUGCUGUGUGCGAUGAGGAGGGCGGCAUGGCUCCUCGUGUGAGCAAGCUCCUCGCCAAGUGGCUGCGGUCGGACGACGAGGGUCCACACGUGUGCCCUGUUUGCAAGCAGAGCUUCCCCACGGCUGGCGGCCUGAAGCAGCAUCAGCACGACCGAUGGCGCUGCUCCCUGGGCUCUCAGGCCGUGCAGGCCUCUGCACCCGCGGCUGCUGCCGCUGCUUCCGCUGCUGCAGCUGCUGCUGCUGUGGCUGGGCCAAGCCACGCGGCGUCAGGAGCGGCUGGAGCUUCUGUUGCUGCUGGUCGCAGUGGGCGCUCAGGUGUGAGUACGAAUACUGGGGAUGGGCGUAGAACCAUUGGAAGGAAGGAAAGUGACAAGAGGGGCAUUGGGAGAAAGGAUGGUGAAGGAAAGGGCACCAGCACGACUGUGACAGACAGCUCAGGCAUGCUGUGGCCUCGGCUGUCCGUACUUGAUUCAGGCAGGGAGGCUGCGGGGAAGGACACGUCCCGGAAGGCCAAGAGCAGGGGGAAAGGAACUUCUGAAGUUGGAGGAGUGAGGAGCCUGGAGAGAAAAGGUCAAACUUCAGGAAGCAAGCGGCCGCAGAGUGAGAUUGUGUCGGGCGGUUCAUUCAUGGAGCACCCAGCAAGGCAGUCCGUUGGGCAGCAGAGUGAGAAGCAGCAGAUGGAGAGAGCUUCAGCAAGCGCAACCCCCUUCACACGGCAGAUCAGCAUCACCAACACAUCUCCCCCUCAUCGAACCUCCCUCAGCGCCCCCUCCGCUGCCUCUCCUUCCCUCGCCCACUCCUUCUCUCUGCCUUCCCAUCGUUCGUCCGUGACAGCCGGAUUGCAGGGGGCGGACGAUGGGCAAGGAGGGUCAAGAAUGCACGGUCAGCAGCACUUUGGUGAAACCAUUCCGAUGGCCGAUGAAAAGUUGCUGAGCCCUCCCAAGCGCUUUCGGUCAGGGAAGGGGAGAGGAGAAGCUGCAGGGGAAAAUAUUGACAUGGCUGAAGGAAACAGAUUGCGAGGCAAGGGUAUGCAGUUCCAUGAAUCGAGAGACUUUGACGUGGAAGGGCAGAAACACAGUAUGGCAGAUGAUGGCAUGGCGGGCGACGAGUCAGUGCAUGGUGGUCCUGCUGCAUCAGCAGAGACGGCGUCCGCAGGAGUGGCAGAUGUGACAGCCAUGGCUGGGUGGCUGCGAGCAGCGCGUGUGCGCAGAGGAGAGCAGUGGGGACCCCCGCCAUCCGCCUUCCCUGCUCCCGACGCUCCUCAUGGUGGGUUCGUGGCGCCUGCCAGGGCUGCAGGAGGGCGAGGAGGUGGAGGGGAGGAGAGGGUGGGCAGGGAUGAGGAGGAGGCAAUGGCGUAUGCGGUGGAUACGCAGCGCUGGCACACGACACAGCGCUCCCGCGUGGAGGUCCUUGAUCGCAACUGGCCGCCCUGGCAGGUGUCUGACUUGCCUCUCUCGGGCUCUCUUCCAGCUCAGGCGGAGAGAGGGUUUGGGGUGACGGCAGCAGGCGAACAGGGGUCUCGUGGUGCUGACUCGUCCACCAGAGCGACCUUUUCCAAGGCUGCCACUGCUGCUGCUGGUGGUACUGGUGGGAGUCAUGGGGCGAGUGAGAGGGUAGAGCCGGGGUUGUCCUUUGACCUCAACAUGGCACACGGGGGAGAUGAGGAUGCUGAGAACGCGCGUGGCCGUGACAAGCAACAGCCUCCAGCAGUUGGAGGAGCCACAGAUGCGGUGCGUGCUCAAGACCCCAAUCCGAACAUCUGGAGCAGGGCGGGAGCAUCAGGAGCUACUGGUGCAGGCACAGCUGGUGCAGGCGCAGCUGGUGCAGGCGUACCCACCAUGAGCAUUCCGGAAUCGUGCUGCUCUUGGAACUGCGUGUUCUUCUCGCUUCCCUGCCGCAGAAAGACACGGGUGCAGAUGACAGGUAGCCAGGCAGGGGAACGAGGAGGGGUGAGAGGGGGGAGGGGUGGGUUGGGGGAGAGGGGGAUGUAUGUACGGUAA